GUCUUGUAAACUCCCACAAUACACUGCGCGCUGUUGUCAUGGCGGCUUACUGAGCGACUUAAGGAUAAAAUUGCCACAUACGACGCGAAAAGAUGAGCACCCAGUACAGCAUACUGUUCAAGCAGGAACAUGCCCAUGAUGAUGCCAUAUGGACAGCAGCAUGGGGCAAGAGUGAGAAGGAUGGGUCUGAGACUAUUAUCACCGGCUCUCUGGAUGACAUGGUGAAAAUUUGGAAAUGGUCAGAUGAAAAGCUGGAACUUCAGUGGACUCUGGAAGGCCAUCAGCUAGGUGUAGUGUCAGUGGAUAUAAGUCACAAUGGUGCCAUUGCUGCAUCUAGUUCCUUGGAUGCACACAUCCGCCUCUGGGACCUGGAGUCAGGCAAACAGAUCAAAUCCAUGGAUGCAGGGCCAAUUGAUGCCUGGUCUGUAGCUUUCUCCCCUGACUCGAAAUACAUCGCUACAGGCAGCCAUCUUGGGAAGGUUAACAUCUUUGGAGUUGAGAGUGGAAAGAAGGAGUAUUCCCUGGACACCAGAGGGAAGUUCAUUCUGAGUAUUGCCUAUAGCCCCGAUGGAAAGUACUUAGCCAGCGGUGCCAUUGAUGGAAUCAUUAAUAUCUUUGAUAUCGCAACUGGGAAACUGUUGCACACGCUGGAAGGUCACGCUAUGCCCAUCCGAUCUCUCACAUUCUCUCCUGACUCUCAGCUCUUAGUCACAGCCUCAGAUGAUGGCUACAUCAAGAUUUAUGACGUGCAGCACGCUAACCUGGCUGGUACACUCAGUGGACACGCCUCCUGGGUACUUAAUGUGGCCUUCUCGCCUGAUAACACACACUUUGUCUCCAGCUCAUCGGAUAAAAGUGUGAAGGUGUGGGAGGCGAGCACAAGAGCCUGUGUGAACACAUUCUUUGACCAUCAAGACCAGGUUUGGAGCGUGAAGUACAACAGCACUGGCUCAAAGAUUAUUUCUGCUGGUGAUGACAGAGCAAUCCACAUAUAUGACUGUCCCAUGUGAAGCUGCUACAGAAAUGGAAAUCAAUUUCUUCACACCAAUACCCUUUAGCAGGAGGGCCUUGAGAGUGUGCUAGUCUAGGGUCAGCUCUCUGGUUUAUAUGUACAUGAAUUUAAAUAUUUAGGACCAAACUGAUCCUAGAUCUCUACUGUUAAUAUAAAUUCAUACAGAUCCUACUGAUGCUCAAAAAACGCUAUUUGUAUAUCAACUGGAGAGCUUCUAAAACCUUUCCCUGGAGCACUGUGUUGAAACAGAACCCUUCCUGAGCUUUCUGAGCUAUGGUCCAGCCUGCUGUUAGGUAAAGCUUUUAAAAGGCAGAAAGCUUUUAUUUUUCACCAGCUAGCUCUGGGUCUCUCCGGGGAGGGAAAACAAUGCACGCACAUAAAUGAUGCAGUGCUUGAAUUGAGUAUAUUGGAAUUUAUUUUUUAUUUUUUUUUGGUUUUGCGAACCAUUGCCAACUUGACAUUAAACAUUUUUUUAUACAUA